AGAGACAGAGAGAAGCAGAGAGACAGAGAGAAAGAGAGGGAAAGAGAGAGAGAAAGGGAGAUGGAAAGGGAGAGAAAAAAAGAGAGAGGAAAGAGAAAAGAGAGAAACAGAGACAGAUCAGAAGACAGAGAAUGGAGAAGAGACAGAAAAUUAUGGAAAGAGAAGAAGAGACAGAGAGAGAUUGAAAGAGAACAACAAGAGGAGAGACAGAAACAAAAGGAGAAGGAGAAAGAAAGGGAGAAAGACAAUGACAAUCAGAGAGAGAUGGAAUUAAAAGAUCAGCAACAGAAAGAGAUGGAGAAAGAAAAGAUGAUUAUGAGAGAAAGGGAGGAAGCAGGAAGAAGAAAGGAGGGGCAGAAAAAUAUUUUGGGGGAAAUUGAGGGACAGAAUGAACUGGAGAUAGAACAGGAGAGAGAGAUGGAAGAAAAGCAGGAAGUGAUUAAGGAAGCAGAGGAAGAGUACAGGGAAAGAGAAGAGAGAGGAAAGGAAGUAAGCAUGAAGAAACAUGUAGUAGUUAAUGUUAAAGCAAAAGCACGGGAAGUCUUCAAUAGGCGUAAAGAGAGGAGGUUAGAAGUGUUGAAGGGGGAACGAGAACACAUAGAAAGAGGACAACAAAUCAGGAGGGAGAAGGAGGAAAGACGGCUGGAGAUGGAAAGAAAACAGGAGAGGGCAAGACAACAAGAGGAGCAGGAUAAAAAACAAGAGAUUGAAAUUGCUAGACAGAAAGAAAUGUCGAGAGUAAGAGAGGAGGAGAGGCAGAGAGAGGAAGAGAGAGAGGAGCAGAGAAAGAAAGCCAUUAAAUGCCAUUUAUCUUUAAUUAGAGAGAGAGAAAAAAUAAUAGAGGCAAAAAAAAGAGAGGAGAUGGUGGAAGAGGAAAGAAGGGAGAUCCUUGAGUACAAGAGGGGUGAGUUAGAGGAGGAGGAGAAGGAAGAUGACAAGGAGGACAUUCUCCCACCUGAUAAAAGUAUCAGAAGGAGAGCUGUGGGCUGGGUGAAUAAAACAUGGGAGAAGAGGAACCUCAGAAAGAUAGAGAGAACCUGUCAGAGAGAGGCUGAGGAGGGCCAUAAGAUCGUCCACAUAGUCAUCCCUGGACCCAUAAGGCUAACCAUGACCCGGGCAGAGAGAGAGAGGGAGAAGAGGAAGGAGCUGCUGAAGGCUGAGGAGAGAAGGAAGAAGAUGGAGGAUUUCAAUAAGCAGUGGAGAGAGCGGUCCCUGCUUAAAAAACACACUCAUCAACAACUGAAGGAGGAGAGGGAGAAGAUGAAGGAAAUGUACCUGGAGCAGAUUAAUCUGGAGGCUGAUGAGCAAAUCCAGAAGUUCAGCACCCAGUACAUCACCCGGUGUCCAACCACCCAACACAGCCACGACUACAACCAAGGUCAGGAAUUGCCGGGGUGGGCGACAGGCCAACAAGUAAGCCAAGAGCCUGUUGCAUCUGGAGAUGGCCAGCAAGAGGGGCCAAGGAGGCAACAGGCAUGGGCAGACAACCAGGAGGAGAGUUCAGAGAACCAGCAGGAGGGGCCAGAGAACCAUCAGGGGGGGCCAGACAGCCAGCAGCUAGAAGCUCCAGAAGAGGCUGACACAUCAGAGCCAAUCUCCAACACAAAGACAAAGAAAAAGCCAAGCAUCUGGAAGAAAAUUAGGAUGAGCAUUCCUGACGUGCUGUCUGCCUAGAGCUGGAACUCAAUGAAGCCACAGUUCCACUGAGGUUACGUUGGUAAUUAAAAGUGUCGCCCAAUAAUUCCUCCUCCUCUUUAAGUCAUCGAGCCACAUUUCCUCCUCAAAACAUUAUAGUCUCCUCAAGCCAGCAAGUAUCCUCUUUAUCAGGCAACAAACCAUCGAAGGUCAGUGACCCUCCUCCCAAGAACAGAGACUCUCAUCUGUAUCCUAGUUAAAUUCAUCUCUGCUUACCACCUCUACAGUCCUAGAAAAUAUCCCAAAAAUGGAAAUGGUUUCAACAGAAGUCCUCCCCUCAGACCAGUGGCUCCACAGACCAGAGUUUCUCAUCUUUAUUCUAGUUGAAUGCAACUCUGAUCAUUUCCACCACUUCUCCUGUUAAGGGGAGGUGCUGAAAAGGAGGUCUGGGAGGAGGUCUGCAGGUAGCCUGGACCGGACCGGUAGCAGCUAAGUUGCUGGCUCCAUCCCCGGGCAGAGCUGCUCAAGUCAGGCCAGUGAUGUUUGAUGAUGUCAUUUUUGUUACAAAGUUUUAUUCAUUAAUA